AUGAUUGACAACCAAGUCCCCGUCGUCAACGGCCACGCCAACGGGUUACCGGCUCCGGCCACCAUCAAGGCCCCUCUGCCUAACCCUUCGCUACAGGUAACAGCCGACCACAAGCUCAAAGCCGUUGAGGCUCCCGUCUAUGCCCCUGGCCCUGGCGACGUCCUCCUACAUAUCAAAUCGACGGGAAUAUGCGGGUCCGACGUGCAUUUCUGGAAGGCUGGCAAGAUUGGAACCCUCGUCUUCGAAGGAGACUGCAUCAUUGGCCACGAGGCUGCCGGUGUUGUCAUUCGCUGUGGGGAGGGCGUGACGGAUUUGAGACCGGGAGAUCGGGUUGCCAUUGAGCCUGGGGUGCCAUGCGGCGAAUGCUUCCUCUGCCUCGAGGGCCGCUACAAUCUUUGCCAAGACGUCCAGUUUUCCGGUGUCUACCCCUACGCCGGUACCCUGCAACGUUACAAGGUACACCCGGCCAAGUGGCUUCACAAACUCCCCGACAACAUCUCGUUCGCCGAGGGCGCCCUCCUCGAGCCCCUCAGCGUCGUCCUCCACGGCAUCAACUCUGCCCGUCUGACCCUUGGCACCCCCGUCCUCAUCUGCGGUGCCGGACCCAUCGGCCUGCUCGCCCUUGCUGGCGCACGAGCGUCUGGAGCGCACCCGAUAGUCAUCACGGAUAUUGAGCCCAGCCGCCUAGAGUUUGCCCGCAAGGUGGUCCCAGAGUGCAAGACGUAUCGGGUCGACGCGUCCAAGAGCGCCGAGGAUAAUGCCGGGGCGAUAAAAUCGCUGUUUGGGGAGACGGACUAUGUCAUGCCCCGUGUGGCUCUCGAGUGCACAGGUGUUGAGUUCAGCAUCUGCACCGCCGCAUUCACUGUUCGUCGGGGUGGCGUCCUCAUGGUUGUGGGCGUCGGGAAGUCUAUCGUCAAUAACCUCCCCUUUAUGCACUUGUCGCUAGCCGAGAUUGAUCUCCGCUUCAUCAACCGGUACCGCGACACCUGGCCGGCCGGGAUCGCAUGCAUAGACGGGGGACUUAUCGACGUCAAGCAGCUCGUGUCCCAUAUUUUCCCACUAGAAAAGGCCAUGGACGGAUUGAUACUGUCAUCUGAUCCCAGGAAUGGCUGCAUCAAGGUUCAGAUUGUUGACGAGACGGAGACGAUAUACUUUUGA